AUGGUUCCACAUAAUGACAGUGUAACUUAUAAUCUUUGUCAAGCAUUUCCUCAUUUAUCUCUCACUAAGCACUCUAAUAAAAAUAAUUAUAUUGCUGUAUGUGCUUCAUGCAUAUCUGCUAAUAAACACCAUAAUGCUCCAGUAUUAUCACCUAUUCCAGAAGUAUUAGCAAAUGUUCUAAUCUCUCUUGGACAUGCAAAAAAUACAAACCAAUUUACAAAUUAUCGUCAUCUUAUUGGUAUAUUUGGUCUAUCAAGAAAUAUACAUGCUUUGCAUCUUUAUUUAGAGGUAUUAGGUACAAUUUUAGUUCCUGUAGCUGAAAAUAACUGGUUUCAUCCAACUUUACAACAUGCUGCUAAUUAG